UUCCUUUUGUGAUCCAUCCCAACUACUCAGUGGCCUCAACAUUUCAUCAUUCCAUUACAUGAGGCCGCUUUGAUAUCCAGAAUUUUGUCGCUGGUAACUACAGUGGUGGACAAUUUAAAUAUAAUAGGCGCAGAUCAUACACUUAGACUUGUGAACGAGUGUCACUCAAAAGACGGAAGUAGCAACGAUCAAGAUGUCUAUGAUGAGAACGAUGAAACUAUGGGAAGAACUGGAGAGCCGACUACAACCAUGUCGCUUCAGACCCCUCGCACGUCGGAAUUCACCUUCCAGUCUGCGGUUCACAGCUCUCAUGUUCUCCAGUGUCUGAACGAGCAGCGGCAGCACGACGUCCUGUGCGACGUGACGGUGGUGGUGGAGGGCCAGAGCUUCAGAGCCCACCGCUCUGUCCUGGCAUCUUGCAGUGAAUACUUUCACAGCAGGAUCGCCAGCAUCGCCAAAAACAGCCCUGUCGUCGACUUGCCGGACGAGGUGACGGUGGAGGGUUUCGAACCGCUGCUCCAGUUUGCCUACACUUCAAAGCUGCUCUUCACCAAAGAAAACAUUCAGGCCAUUCACAGCGCCGCUGAAUUUUUAGGCUUCCACAACUUGGAGUCAGCAUGCUUUGAUUUCCUCAUUCCGAAAUUUUGCAACGGCAAAAGGAGCUCGAAGGAAGCAAAGGAGAGCGUCUGCUGUCAGGACCCCGGGGUGAGCUACGACUACGGCGCCGAGAUCGCGCCGCCAAAAUUAUUCAACAGCCCACUGCCCUCUGGGAGCUGUGAGCCGACGGGCUUCACGCCUUUGAGCGCACAGAGUCACGGGAAUGAAGGGGGGAACUUCUGCCUGGACAGCUGUGGCCCACCGAUGCCGCCACUCUCUCUGGACAUAGCAGCAAACGCCGUCUGCCCCAUGUUGGCGUUUCCGGAGAAAGAGGACGCUUCCGAUUUCUGUGAGCGAGAGAUCUUAGCCAUGGAGAACAUCUGCAGUGAGAGCUUGGCCGACUGCAGAAUGCAGUGUGAGAUGUCCUCCUCGGGGCAUCAGCCCGAGCUCACACACAUGGAAGUCAAAAACAACGCGGAGACAUUUGGCGGCAUGAGCAGCUGCGACCUCGCCUCGUGUCCGCUCGGCACGCCACCGCAGGAUUGCAGCAAGUUGUUAGAGAAGAGAGAGGAGGACCUUCAGCAGACAUUGACCGGUCUCGGGCACCAGGAGGCGUACGGGGUGAGGAGCAGGGUGGAGAGGGAGGUGGCGGAGCAUCUGGCGAAGGGAUUUUGGCCUGACCUGUGUCCGUCUCAGGCGCAGCCGCUGCCCCUCGACGAGCAAAACAACCUCAUGAAGACCACCGACUUCCACUGCUUCAAGCAGCUGGACCUCGGCUCCAACCCGGCAGACUGUCCCUUCCUGCGGGACCUGGAGCAAAGCGACGAGCCGGCGGAGUCGCAAACGGACAGCCCGUCUCAGUCAGAGCAGAGUCCCAGCAUGUUCUGCUCACUCAACUCUGGGGACGACACUGACGUGGACUCGGAUGGAGACACGGAAGCCAACAACAAAAUGGCUGCUGAGAUCAACCUCCCGUUUCCGGUCAAGCAGAUUCCAUCACUGAGUCGCAGUGCCUUCCAGCGGCUCCUGAAGCAGCACCAGCUCACGCAGGUGCAGCUGGAGUUCGUCCACGACAUCCGCCGACGGAGCAAAAACCGCAUUGCCGUGCAGCGCUGCAGGAAGAGGAAGCUGGACUGCAUACAGCAGCUGGAUUCUGAAAUCAAAACUCUGAAAGUGGAGAAAGAGCGUCUGAUGCACGAGCAAGCCGAGCUGCAGCAGAACCUGCAGGAGACCCGUCAGAGCCUGGGGAAGCUCUACGAGAGCGUGAGUCUGGAGUGCGACCCCAGUCAGGAUCACCUGCAGCUCCUGGCCAAGAUCUCCUCCACAGAUUUCCCCGAAACCCUGUCGGGUACAGACAAGGAUUCGGAAAUCAUCAUCGAGAUGGUAAGGUGCUCGGAACAAAUCGGGUCGCUGGCAGACUCGAGCUCGCAGACGAAGGAGGUGGCCGCUCCGCAGAGCUGCGCCGUGCCUCCCUCGCUGCUCUCUGCCUGUCUGGACAUAAACAACACCUUCUGACCCGCGUCAGCCGAAGGUUCUGGAACCAAUCCUUCCUUAAACUUAGUAGCAACUUGGCAUUAAGAAUACAAUUUGUUACAUUUUAGACUGAUCGAUAUUGUGUAACCACAAUCCUGUCACUUACUGUACGACUCUGCCAUCCUUUGUAAUAAGCACUAACGUUCACUAAUCUUCGCUGACUGGUUCAAGAUUGGCCUGUGCCUUACACAGUCAUGACGUAUGCACUUGUUCUCCUUAAGGCAUUUUAAUGUAUUAUCAAGCACUGUUGCACAUUAACCCGAGCCCACGUUGAUAUAUGCAUGGUAACCUUUUCUUUUUUACUAAAUGUUUCUAUUGAUUUACAGGUAAAAUAAAUGAUUUUUGUUUUUGUUUAA